AUGUCUCAAUCAGAGCUAGCAGCUUCAUAUGCUGCGCUGAUACUGGCAGACGAAGAUAUUGACAUCACUGCCGACAAGCUACAAACGUUGAUCAAAGCCGCGAAUGUCGACGAUGUGGAGGCUAUAUGGACAACACUGUUUGCAAAAGCUCUUGAGGGCAAGAACGUUAAGGAUUUGCUUUUGAAUGUGGGAUCCGGUGGAGGGGGCGCGGCUGCCCCAGCUGCUGUAGCCGGCGAAGGCGGAGCUGCAUCAGGUGAAGCUCCAGCAGAGAAGGAGAAAGAAAAGGAAGAGGAGAAGGAGGAGUCAGAUGAGGACAUGGGCUUUGGACUGUUCGAUUGA